AUGCCAGAUUCAUCAACAAAUCAAGUCCAAGAUGAUUUAAAGAUAAAAGAAAAACCAUUUAUAUCAAAAUACGCCCGACCUAUUGAAUUUGUUGUUGAAAGUCAAAAAACAAACGAAAGAAAUGAAAAAAGAUUAAAAACAUCGAACGAUCAAUCUAAGAAUAGACAAAACAAUAAAGUAGAAAAAGAAACAUGGUUCUGUAAAAGUUGUGAAAUGAGUAUACCAAAAUCAGAUUACAAAAGACACAUUCAAGGAACAGCCCAUUUAGUGAAAUGCUUCAAUCACAAGGUUGGAAGUAUGAAAGAAGGAUUAGGUGCAAAUAGUCAAGGACGUCGUCAUCCUAUUGCAACUGUCUUGAAGCAAGAUCGAUUUGAAAUCGAGAAAAAAGCAAUUGAGCGUCAACGUUUAGAAAGGAAAAAUCAAAAAGAAUCAGGGAAAGAAAUUGCAAGGAAACUGAAGAAGAAUCUAAAAGAAGAGUUGCCAUUUUACAUUAUAUAA